AUGUUUGGCGAAGGAGAAUCCGAAAGCCCGCGAGUACCCAGCCCAUGGGACUCGUUUAUAUCCACGCCGCCAGAUGGCUCGCCUCGUCGCAGCCCAAGCCCAGCCAGUGCAAUUACAUUACCCAAACUUGUACCAGAGAAUGAUGACGGAAAUGUAGAAUACAAGCUCCAGCUCAUCAACCCAUCUCCUGCUCGCUUUGCUCGUCUCGUCACCCAACUCAAAUGGCGACUACUCGAAGGCGGAGGCCAAGCCUACUAUGAACUCGGAGUGUCAGACUCUGGCGAACUCAUUGGUCUCUCGAGUUCCGAUCUGGAGCGCACGUUGGAGACCCUAGAGAUGAUGGCUGGAGAAAUUGGAGCAAGUGUUAUUGUAGUGAAGGAGGUCGAGAUUCCCCAACGAUUGCUACCUGCCAGUCCCAGCGAGUCUACCACUGACGUGGAGACGUCAGGGACUGAAUUCGAGGACACGGAGACCGAGACCGAACCAGACCUACCCGAAGAUUCCAUCAAUCGCGCGCAUUCAGAUACAAUAUUCUCCAUGGACAGCGACUUUGAGGAGAGGAGCAAUACUCUGGAAGUUCCUGGGGCGUCGCCACCAGUGGCACUCUCCCUCGAAAUCGCUUCGGUUUAUAAACCACGCCCCUUCCGACAGCGUGUCCAUGAUCCUCGAAACAUGAUCGUGCCAGGCAAGCGGGACAGACAUCACACCAAUGGCGAGAAGCGAGGUCUCGCCUCUACCAUGAUGGCCUCUACUGCGACGAAAGAACACAAUAAUACCUCUCUAUACUCCAAAGAAAGUAAGUCCCUUACUCGGCGACAGGCUAGGGACAAGCGAAGGGAGGAACGCCGUGCUGCUUUGAUGAUCACCACUCAGGCUGGAGAGGCGGAUGAAUCAUCCGUGUCCCAGCGACUCCUCGAUGAAGUCACGGAAGGUUUGGAGAGUCUGCACGUCCCAACCUCGCAUACGUUAGCUCCUCAUAUCCAUUCACAAAAUGUUCGAGCAGACCCACAUGCCGACCUCUUACCAUGCGCGCCUGGUCAGGACCGCGCAAGCAUGAAUUCUCCCUCGGCAGUCGUUCCUGCAGACUCAGAAAGGGAACACCUUCACCCCGGCGACACGAAUAAUGUGCCAUCUGUGCCGACAACUGUCGGUUCGAGCCCCAGGUUGAUAGUUGAAGCGUUGGUGGUUCGCAAGAUGUCCAUCGAGGAGGCAUACUUAGACUUCGGCGGAUUUCAGAUCACUUGA